AUGGGGGAGAUGAAGAGUCGGACGGCUGAUGCCCGGAGCCGGCUGGGCAGCCUGGGCCACGCUGGAAAAGCUGCUGCUGCCUUCUCCUGCCUCUCCUCACAGUGCUUCGACCUCCUAACCAGGUCCUGCGUCAAGUGCUCCGACUUGUUCAAGGACAACACAACAGAGCCUGCCCACUCAGCGCCCACCUCCGCCCUGGCACCCACCCUCCCCUCAGUGGACCUGCUCAGCACCCUCCUGAUCUUCGGGGUCCCGGCAGUGGUGGGGCUCAUCCUGUCCCUGGCCGCCUUCUGGGGCUUCCUGGUCUGCAAGGUGGGGAAGCCGAGGAGGAAGAGGAAGGCGGCAGAUGAGGAGGCUGAAGCAAACAUGGAUGCCGCCAGUCCCCUGCCCAGCCCGGGCUGCCAAGACCCUGCCGUGCCAAAGGGAGAUGCCGCUGUGGCCCCAGCCCCAUGCCCGCAUCUUAAUGGAGGCCUGAAGAUGCUGGGGCCACCUGAGAAAGCUGGGGCAAAGCGGAGGCCGUGCUGCCGGGGUGAUACCGACGACAUUGUCCUGCUCUCCACCGUGUACCCCCUGCACAAGGAGUGCAACCAUGGCUUCCCGCUACCUGCCACCGAGCUGGGGGCUACAGCCCUGGUCACCACCAAAACCACCCAGAACUGCGCCAGCGACGAUAGAGCCUGA